CCCAGAGAUUUGGGCCAACAGCGUGUCCGGGUUUUGGAACGCAGUAUCGCAACUGUAUAUUCUGGGCACUAUACUGGUAGUAACGGUAGUCCGUUUACGGUUUCCGACCGUCCCGUGCGUGGAUCCACCCGGGAGGACGACAGUAACUCUUCCCUGUACGAGUGCACCUCAGUCAUUGCGAUGCCGGUGUCCUGACCAGUUUGUUUAAAAGUCGCGUCGUACUUGUGAAGCAAACGCUGCGUGUGCACAGUAGCACCGUUCGCGCCGAUAUGUCGGACCGCGAAGUUCGCUCCCGCAAGAAGCGCAAAGGAGCGUUGGAGAAAGUUACAGGAACGGCUGAGGAAGGUUACAAGGCAAAGCACAAACCUCAAAAGCAUUCGGAUACCGAGCAAGAAGAUGACGCGUCGGUUGCUGAACCGAGCACAACUGCAAGAAUUACGUUUUUGGUAGUUUUCAUCGUCUUGGCCGUCAUGGUGGGAGCUGUCAUUCUGGCCCUGCAAAGUUCUUCGUCUUUUAGUACAUUUUCUAAUGAAGCUGGGCUUGAAGCAAACGAAGACUUCAUAGUUGCCCAAGAGAAAGUGGAUGUUGAAAGUCAGCAUUAUGCUACCGAUGUGGAGGGAUCUAAUGAGAUAGAACCUAGUGUCCAAAGUAAAGAGCAAAGCAUCAACUUAGGAGCCAUGAAUACAGAUCCAACAGAGCCACAGCAUGCAUCUCAGCAUGCAGCUCAGCUUGACAGUGGCCAUACACCAACUCAGAGUUUUGGGUCUGUCCCAAACACAGAGAAGGUGGAGUUGCCUUUUAGGCAGACAUCAGAUAUAGUGUCUUCAACACUAACAGAAACAGAUGUUCUCAGCUCCACAGAAGUACUACAGUCGUUGGAGGAGCCUACAGAGAUUAAGCAGGAUGAAAGUGCCCAAGCAUUCUCUUUAGAGGCAACAAAGGUGUCAGAGGCUUCUGCAUCUCCAGUGUCGGAGAUGGCUACAUCUUCACUGGAAACAAUGGCUUUGACGCCAGAUCCGCUUGAAGAACUGACAAGUAAUGAUGCCGUUGUUGAGAAAGAGCUCAGGGAAUCUGAAGAGCUAGUUGAACAGUCCCCUGAAAAGGCCCUUGAGAAGUUUAAGCAGCUUCUCCAAACCGACCCACGAAACCCCAUAGCCAGCUAUGGCAAAGCACUGGCCCUGGAGAAGAUGGCCGAGCGGAGGAAGAGCAAUUCAAUCCUGGAACAGAGCAUCCAGGCGUACUUGGACGUGAUGAAGUUGCCAAGCAAGGAAUGGUACCUCAGAGCGGGAAACAAGGCUGUGGAUCGGAUGCGCUUCCGAGGAUUUUUUACCAAAGCUAUAAAACUGCAGGCGGAAAUGAGCAGCAAGUUCCCUGAGGAUGUUGGAAUCAAGAAUCAAAUGGCAGUUUCCUACCUGAUGAUCGGCCAAGGAAAAGUUGCUGCCCAGCUGCUUGAACAGGUUUUGAAACAAGACCCAAGCAAUGGGUUUGCAAAGGUGCACUAUGGUUUUAUAUUGAAGACUGAAAAGAACGACUUGGAAGGUGGCAUCAAGUACCUCAGUGAAGGCAUUGCAACUAGGGAGCCAGGAGUCAUAGAUGGACGCUUUUUCUUGCACCUUGGUGACGCUCUCCAGAGGACUGGACAAAAUGAAAAGGCCCUGGAGGUCUACAAAGAAGGAGUCAAGGAGGGGCUCUUUGCAUCUGUUUACCAGCGCUCUCUGUACAGCGUCGAUGGCCUGAAAGCACAGCCAUGGUGGGACCCAAAGGAAACGCCGUAUGCAUCAGAUCUUAAGGAACUUGAAAAGCACUGGAUUGACAUAAAGAAUGAGGCACUCUCUCUAAUGACUGACAAAGGUUUUAAACCUGAAGCUGAGAACCUGAGGGACUCUGGCGACUGGAAGCAAUUCGAAAUGUUUGUGAGAGGUCGAAAAAUUGAGAGGAACUGCAGAUUGGCUCCUAAAACCUGUGCACUGAUAAGCCUUAUGAAAGAUGCUGCUGGCUGCAAGAGAGGGCAGGCAAAGUUUUCUGUCAUGCACCCAGGCACCCAUGUUUGGGCUCAUGUAGGGCCAACAAACUGUCGACUUCGCUCACACCUUGGACUUGUAGUGCCCCCAAAAGUUCGCAUCCGAGUGGCCAAUGAGACAAGGGAAUGGAAAGAAGGCAAAGUGCUGAUGUUUGACGACUCCUUUGAGCAUGAAGUUUGGCACGAAGGGGACAGCUUGCGCCUAGUGCUCAUUGUUGAUUUUUGGCACCCUGAUCUAUCGGCUAGUCAGAAAGCCAGCUUGUCGCCUAUCUAGCUUUUACUAAUUCUGGCUUUUGACUCUGAUUAAUAAUUUAUAAAGUCAUUGAAUUCGCUAG